AUGCGAAUUCGGGAAGCCUGAAAAAAAAUGGCUGAAGCAGUUUCACCAAUAACUCGACAAGUAAAUUCAGAACAUCGUGCAAUUAGGAGCCCUUCUGUCGAUUUUCGUCUUGAAGACGUCGAAGAUUGUUUAAUUUACGACCGGCAUGGAGUCUCUGAUCCGUUCAAGAAAUUAUAUCAAGACAGGAAAUCGGUCAUAAUUUUCGUGCGGAAUUUCUUGUGCUACAGCUGUAAAGAAUAUGUGGAGGAUUUGAGCAAAAUACCUAAAGAAGCACUGGAGGAUGCUGACAUUAGACUAGUUGUGAUUGGCCAGUCUGCUCACCAUCAUAUAGAGCCUUUCUGCUCAUUGACGGGGUAUCCUCAUGAAAUAUAUGUGGACCCAGAGAGGUGCAUUUAUCAAAAGCUUGGGAUGAAGAGAGAGGAGAAAUUUACGGACUCAGCGUCCUGCGCACCCAAGCAAGGUGGAGCCAUCAUUGCAGGACCAGGCUCUCAUGUUCAUUUUUCCCAUUUUGACAUGAACCGUCUGGAUCACAUGCCCAUUAACUGGCUCCUGCAGCUCGCCGGAGUUCAACAGACUCUGGACUUCAGCGAUAAGCCAAAGAUCGUCCAUGUGUAGCCAGCUGGCCGCCUUCCUCCCUCUCCCCACAUCACUGUUUGGGCAACAAAUAUUUUUUUAGUCUAUUUUUUUAUCAUGUCUGUACUGGGACGCUGCCUUGCCAAAAUCUUGGAUAGGUCUGAAAUGUACAGUCUAUGUUGAGUGUGAAAAUUCAUUCUUGACCAAUGGAAACUGUAUAGUUUGACAAAAAUCUUAACUCAAUGUCUUCUUCCUAAGCCCUUUGUCUCCUUGUGAAGCACAGCUCAUUAACAAUUCUUCUCCACCGACCACCGCUCUCGGUUUUGGGAUGCUUA